CAAACUUGACAGCAGUAAGAAAAAGCGACGGUACUCCCACAUGUAUACAAGUUAAGACAAUGAGCAUCUUCAUGUGAAACCAGAAGAGAUUCGUCUAAAGCAGUCAGACCAGCUGGUACAUCUACCUGUUGGUCACCUUAUUUGAAUCAAGAGUUUCCCGAUGAGAAACAAAUGCCUGAAAUAAAAGUAACACCACUUGGUGCUGGACAGGAUGUCGGCCGCAGCUGCAUCCUCGUCUCUAUCGGAGGCAAAAACAUAAUGCUCGACUGUGGGAUGCACAUGGGAUACAAUGAUGACAGGCGUUUCCCAGACUUUUCUUAUAUAACCCAGAAUGGGCGUCUGACAGAGUUCUUGGACUGUGUGAUCAUCAGCCACUUCCACUUGGACCACUGUGGCGCGUUGCCCUUCAUGAGCGAGAUGGUCGGCUACGAUGGACCCAUCUACAUGACCCACCCCACCAAAGCCAUAUGUCCCAUUUUGCUGGAAGACUUCCGGAAAAUCACGGUGGACAAAAAGGGAGAAACCAACUUCUUCACAUCCCAGAUGAUCAAGGACUGCAUGAAGAAAGUGGUGCCUUUGAACCUCCACCAAACCGUCCAGGUGGAUGACGAGCUGGAGAUCAAGGCGUACUAUGCAGGCCACGUCCUGGGUGCUGCCAUGGUGCACAUCAAAGUGGGAUCAGAGUCUGUGGUCUACACUGGAGACUACAACAUGACACCUGACAGGCAUCUAGGAGCUGCGUGGAUCGAUAAGUGCCGUCCGGACAUCCUCAUCUCAGAGUCGACGUAUGCCACCACCAUCCGUGACUCGAAGAGGUGCCGAGAGCGGGACUUUUUGAAGAAAGUUCACGAAAGCAUAGAAAGAGGAGGAAAGGUUCUCAUUCCAGUUUUUGCCCUCGGAAGAGCUCAAGAACUCUGCAUUCUGCUGGAGACCUUUUGGGAGAGGAUGAACCUGAAGGCCCCCAUCUACUUCUCCACCGGGCUGACGGAGAAGGCAAACCAUUACUACAAGCUCUUCAUCACGUGGACCAACCAGAAGAUCCGCAAAACCUUCGUACAGAGAAACAUGUUCGAGUUUAAACACAUCAAGCCAUUUGACCGCUCCUACGCUGAUAACCCCGGACCCAUGGUGGUGUUCGCCACACCAGGGAUGCUGCACGCCGGUCAGUCUUUACAGAUCUUUAAGAAAUGGGCCGGCAAUGAGAAGAACAUGGUCAUCAUGCCUGGAUAUUGUGUACAAGGAACAAUCGGUCACAAGAUCCUGAAUGGGCAGAGAAAACUUGAGAUGGAAGGAAGAGCAACACUGGAUGUGAAGCUUCAGGUGGAGUACAUGUCCUUCAGCGCCCAUGCAGACGCUAAGGGCAUCAUGCAGCUCAUCCGUAUGGCCGAGCCUCGAAACAUGCUGCUGGUGCACGGGGAGGGAGCCAAGAUGGUGUUCCUGAAGGGCAAGAUAGAGCAGGAGUUCAGCAUAGACUGUUACAUGCCGGCCAAUGGGGAGACAGCGACUGUGACUACAAACCCCAGCGUGCCUGUGGACAUCUCACUCAACCUGCUCAAGAGGGAGAUGGCUCUGGGAGGGCCUCUUCCUGACCCCAAGAAACCUCGCACCAUGCAUGGAACUCUGAUCAUGAAAGAAAAUAGUCUGAAGCUGGUGUCAUCAGAGCAGGCCCUGAAGGAGCUCGGCCUCAACGAACAUCAGUUACGCUUCACCUGCCGCGUGCAGCUCCAGGACCCGCACAGCGACACAGACACACUCCACAGAGUCUACACACACCUGAAGAGCGUGUUAAAAGGUUACACAAUCCAGCACCUUCCUGAUGGCACAGUCAUGGUGGAGUCCAUUGUCAUCAAAGUCUCCUCCUCCGCUGAAGACCCCAACACCAAGGUCCUGCUGCUCUCUGGAGUUAUCAGGACGAGGACCUGGGGAGUUUUCUUUCAACCCUGCUGAAAAAAGGGCUUCCAUCUGGACUGUGCUGAAAAAUAACCUUCGCCCCAGACUGUGAUCAUUUGAAGGAACAACUCAGAGACAAUGAUUAUUUUGAGCCUGGACAUUUUAGAGGCUAGCAAGUGCAGAAAACUACCAAUUUGUAUCUGUAAACUUCAAAGGUGUUAAGACUGAAUUUGCUCCCUUUUACUGUCAGUAUGUGGACUUUAACACAUUUCCAUACCGGCUGCCUACACUGAAUGAUUCUUUUUUUAUAAUAAAAAAACCGCUGCAACGUC